AUGCCGUCGGCGCUGACUUUCGAGCUGAUAGCUCGUUGCUCCACCACCAAAGCUCGAGCAGCAAUCCUUACCCUUCCUCAUGGACCAGUCCAAUUACCCCUGUUCAUGCCAGUCGCAACGCAAGCCUCACUCAAAGGGCUGACGCCACAACAGCUGGAAGAGACAGGUUGCCGAUUAUGUUUGAACAACACAUACCAUCUUGGGUUGAAGCCUGGGCAAGAAGUGCUGCAGAAAGUUGGAGGAGCGCAUAAGUUACAGGGAUGGAAGCACAAUAUCUUGACAGAUAGCGGCGGCUUCCAGAUGGUGAGUUUAUUGAAACUUGCAAAUAUCACAGAGGAGGGCGUGCGAUUCCUCAGUCCGCAUGAUGGGACACCGAUGCUCCUUACGCCCGAGCAUUCCAUAGCUCUGCAGAACACGAUUGGCAGCGAUAUCAUCAUGCAGCUCGACGAUGUCCUUGUGACCACCUCCCCAGAUACGAAACGAAUGCGGGAGGCAAUGGAGCGCAGUGUAAGAUGGCUGGACCGUUGCAUUGCCGCGCAUGCGAAUCCUACUACUCAGAAUUUGUUCUGCAUCAUACAAGGAGGCUUGGACCUGAAGAUGCGGACGGAAUGCUGCAAAGAAAUGGUUGCGAGAGACACUCCUGGAAUCGCGAUUGGAGGCUUGAGUGGUGGGGAAGCAAAGGCGGACUAUUGUCGUGUGGUCAACACAUGCACAAGCCUACUGCCGGAAAUGAAACCGAGAUAUGUGAUGGGUAUCGGAUAUCCUGAAGAUCUGGUUGUCAGUGUUGCUCUUGGUGCGGACAUGUUCGAUUGCGUGUGGCCGACGAGAACAGCAAGAUUUGGCAAUGCUAUCACCAAAUACGGAGUUCUGAAUCUACGGCAUGCUAGGUAUGCCAAUGAUUUUGGGCCAGUUGAGGAAGGAUGUGGAUGUGUCUGCUGUAGAAUAGGAGAAGGUGGAUUAGGUGUUACAAGAGCUUUUAUUCACCAUGUGGCAGCCAAGGAGACUGUCGGGGCUCAUUUGCUGACCAUGCACAAUGUGUGGUACCAGCUAGCUCUGAUGAGAAGUGUCAGGCAAGCUAUCCUAGAGGAUAGAUAUCCGGUCUUUUUGAAGCAGUUUUUCUCAGAUCAGCAUGGAGGAGACAAAUCUAACUAUCCGGACUGGGCUGUCCAGGCCUUAAAUACUGUUGGGGUUGAUUUGAUGGAAGAGUAA